AUGCAAUUAGCGAGAUCAAAUCAAACACAUGUGUCUAAACCUAUAGCCUGCUUGGAUGAUCCAAACACAUCAAGCGUGGCCCAACUACUAUUAACCAGAGUCAUAACAGACCCUGUCACAACUGACCCUGCGACAACUGACCCUGUCACAACUGACCCUGUCACAACUGACCCUGUCACAACUGACUCUGUCACAACUAACCCUGUCACAACUGACCCUGUCACAACUGACCCUGUCACAACUGACCCUGUCACAACCGACCCUGCCGAAAGUGACACUGCCACAACUGACCCUGCCAAAACUGACCCUGCCACAACUGACCCUGCCAAAACUGACCCUGUCACAACUGACCCUGCCGAAAGUGACACUGCCACAACUGACCCUGUCACAACUGACCCUGCCACAACUGACCCUGUCUCAACUGACCCUGAAACAACUGACCCUGCCACAACUGACCCUGCCGAAAAUGACCCUGUCACAACUGACCCUGCCGAAAAUGACCCUGUCACAAAUGACCCUGUCGCAACUGAUCAUGCCACAACUGACCCUGUCACAACUGACCCUGCCGAAAAUGACACUGCCACAAAUGACCCUGUCACAACUGACUAUGCACACAAUCAAGCAGAGUCAACAAACAGAUCUAAAAUUGGGAUCCCAUAUACUAACAAUGAUUAA